AUGGAAGGACUUCUUCCUGAAAAGUAUGCAGAUGAUGCAGAGGAGAUACCCGGUGCAAGAUCACUGCUGGACUCGAUCACUUCAGCUAAUGCUCCUUGGGCAAUUGUGACAUCGGGGACUACACCGUUAGUCACAGGAUGGUUUCGUGCCUUGAAGCUACCACCCCUGGAACACCUGGUAGUUGCAGAAGACGUGGAGCAUGGCAAGCCUGAUCCGACAUGCUACAUCAUGGGGCGAAAUAAGUUGAAGCUGCAAGAGAAGGAUGAAGUUCUAGUUUUCGAAGACAGUCCUGCUGGUAUUCGAGCUGGUAAGGCAGCGGGAUGCAAAGUAUUGGGGGUUGUCACCUCCCACACUGUUGAGCAAGUACUCGAGGCUAAGCCCGAUUGGAUAGUCAAGGAUCUUGCGAGUGUUCGGAUGGUUGGGUAUGAGGAUGGGAAGAUCGAAUUGGAGAUCUCCGAUGCCUUAGAUGUCAAAUCGUUGGCGUGA